ACCCUUACACCUCCUGCACUUGCUGUGUCUGGCAGGGUUUCUCUCCUAACCCAGAACACCUCCUCUGUGAGCCCUGAGCCACGGCCGGAAGACAACGGCAACAACGCUUCAUCUUUUGUGAACAGGCGGUAGACGUGGGGAUGAGCGGACGGCCACCCCUGGCCGAGAAAGCUUUGUCCGAGACUUAUGCUCGCCUCCGGUACAGGGAUGCCUCUUUGCUGAUCUGGCAGCAGCAGCAGCAGAAACUUGAGUCUCUGCCACCGGGAACAUACUUGAACAGGAGCCACAGCAUGUGGUACUCACAAUAUGGCAACCAGGCGAUCUUGGUGCGGGAUAAGAACAAAGCAGACAUCCCCAGGGAUACCGGACAAUCCAGGUUUUGCAGCGUGAUGUGAUUUCAAGAGCUAAGAGCAAGCCCAACCUCUAGACUAACCAAAAUGGAUCCAGAAAGUGGUUUUCCUUUUUUAAAAAAAAAAGUUUAAUUUUUUAUGUUGUAGCUCUAUUUAUCUUCUACUGCAGUUUUGGACAGUGCUCCUGAAGCAAUUUGGGAAAUGGAUUUUCAGGGGCCUCAAGUGGCUGUCCAACAGGUUUGCCUACAUUCGUUGAAUCCAUCCAAAUUAAUUUUGAAACUUCGUUUGCUGCUACUCUGCAAAAGGCUGUUCCUGUUAGACAACACUGAAUGUCUCGUCCUCACUCACCCACCCCCACCCCACCCAGGACUCUCCAUUACAGAUGGAAUUUGAAGGUGGGGAGCCAGGGGCCUUCCAGAUGUUGCCCUGUACCAUUCACCUGACAUCACCAUUGAGAGCCACAAGCUUCCCAUCUGUUUUAAGUGGUACUGAUGUAGGCAAAGAUUUCUUCCCAAUCAUCUCUUCUGGAGAGGAGUCACAUAGGGGCCAUUUUGGGGAGGUAGGAAGUGCAGUUCAAAACACCUGCUCUAACACACCUUUACCCCUGACUGCUUACAAACAGGAAGCAUUCCACACACACCCCUUUCCAUGCCAGCUUCGCCUGCUAAAUGUCCACAUAGCUGUCUCCCUCUAAAAAAAAAGCAGGAUCUGGAAAACAAUGUGAUAACCCACCUGCAUGAGCACUUCUCUUUUGCUAAGGGAGGCAGGCCAUUGAAGUGAAUAGGUUAUCUCUCAUGGACAGGAGUUUGCCCCAUUCAUCUUCUCACACUGAAGAAGGCAUGCAUGCAAGCUUGGACUUUGCUUUCUAGGGCCUGGACUCUCAAAUUGCUGCUGUGUUAACUUGUUGAUGUGUUAACAGAACUAUGCUAGGUCUUGAAGAUGGAAGUGGCUGGGGACAGUUCAGAAGAGUUUGUUUUUUAAAAAAACCUUUUUAAAAGGUAUACACUUCUCUCUGCAACCAGAUGCCUUUUGUUCAUCACUUGCAGUAUUAAAAAUGAACAAGCGAUACCUGUGUCAGUGGCUGCAGCAAAUUAUUGCUUCUCUGUGUGGACACACCCUGACUGCCAAAUGCAAAGUCUGUUUUGCAGAGACUGUCAGUUCAGUUUAGCUUGGACAGGCACCGGGCUUGUGGCAUUCUGGG